GACAAGGAUGUAUAAAUGAUAGCUGCUUUACCCAGAAUUCCUCGAAACUAUACAGAAGUCUAUGCGACGGAGAGUUUGGGCAUCAAGAGAGUGUACAUAAAACAGAUCACAACGAUGGGGUACGGCUGCUGCGGAAAGACCUUCAGUUGCCUUUUUAUCUUCUUUAAUGUUAUCUUUGCGAUUGUGGGAAUGGCCACAAUAGGAUUUGGGAUCUUUUUGAAGGUUCACCCUCCAACAGCACAACUCCUAAAUCUCGUUGAAUUAGAUCAACGGGGUCACUAUCUUACCAACAGUGCCUGGAUCAUCAUUGGCUUCGGGGCAUUUGUGUUGCUGGUCUGCUUCUUCGGAUGUGUCGGUGCUGCUGCCAGGAACAGGUGCUUGCUUGGAUUGUACAUCACCUUUUCUGUGAUCAUUGUCAUCGGAGAAGUCGGAGCCUUUGUUGUCACUGUUUUGUUCGUCGUGGAGUCUGAAGACGUAAAGCCGUUUGAAGAAGCCCUAAGGAAAACAUUGCAGAGCAAGUACUCAACAGACAGAACGAUGAUCACACUUCCAUGGGAUUAUGCUCAGGUUACGUUCGAGUGCUGUGGUGUUUCCAACUUCACAGACUACAGGCCAGUCUUCAAGAAUGACACUGAGGGGAAGGUACCCGUUACAUGCUGCGUGCUGACAGGGGAUAGAAAUCCAGAAGAUCCUGUACCUAAAGACAAGAGCGAGUGCAUGAAGGAUUCCUUGGGAACCAAAACUAAAAGUUUAUAUUUGCAUACUCAGGGAUGUUUCAACAAGCUGAAGGCUACUGUUGGGCAGUACAGCGUGGUGCUCCUCAUCGUGGAGGCAGUCAUCAUUGCCAUCACAAUAAUCGGGAUCACUAUUGCCGCGUGUCUCUGCAGAACCAGCGGCGAUGACAUAUGAGGGUAUAUAAUGUGUAUGACGUGAUAUGACGUGUAUGACGUGAUAUGACGUGUAUGACGUGAUAUGACGUGUUGAAGCGCUCCAGGUUACUUACAAGUAGCUGUUGAUUGAGCAAUCAUGUUAAUGUAACGAAGGUCUCGGCUUUAAACGUUAGGCAGUAUUGUGGUGAAUGUCACGAUUCAUCACUUCAUUGCAAAUAAACACAAACCUCCAACCCAAGAGCUUGCAAUUGGAAUCCAAGAGAUGUUUUGCUACUAUUCCCUUGGUGUGUAACUUUAUGUAAAUAUCCCACCUCAUACUUUUAGUUGUUAUAUUGUAUGAUAUUCUUUAUAGCAUAAUUCUCUCAUUGUGUAUUGGUUCUUUUCACAUCACAACAAAUAUUUGUACAGAGAGAUUUUGGAAUGUGGAACUUCAGUGUAUGUUUAAAGUUAUGGAAAAUACUUCUCAGCUCCACUAUUAUAAUAAGAAAUUCUAGAGGUUUAUUGAUAAUAUAUCUUGUUAUGGCGAUUAUGACGAUUCGAGGGAUACCUCUGGAGUUUAAUUAAGUAUUCAACUAAGAUAUAUUGCAUCUAUGCUAAGUUAUUUUACACCUAUGUUAUGAGUACAUUCACCAAAUAUAUGUGGAUUCACAUCCGAUCCGAAACUAAGUGAUUCAAAAUUAGGAAAUAGUCAUGCAUUACUGGUUUGUUAAAUGAACUCUAUAAAAUAAAACCUGAUAUUAACACAGAUAUGAGGACAUUCAUGUCAGAACUCCAUGUGAGACCAAUAAUUAGUUACGUGUUUUCGCGACCCGUGAAGGUCCAGGUUAGAAUAUUGAUCUUCAGUAACCCAUGCUUGUCGUAAAAGGCGGCUGACUUGGUUGACACAUGUCAUCGUAUCCCAUAUGCGUAGAUCGAUGCUCAUGAUGUUGAUCACUGGAUUGUCUAGUCCAGACUCGAUUAUUUACAUACCGCCGCCAUAUAGCUGGAAUGUUGCUGAGUGCGGCGUAAAACUAAACUCACUCACUCACGUGUUUUCGCGAAUAUUUGAGAAUAUACGUUAGUGAAUUUGGCAGUUUGUGGAGCUAUAUAACUCAAAACCGGCCUGCAUACUGUCUAAAUCCGUACACAGUUUAUAACUAAUUUAUUUUAAGUCUUGUAAAUUGUUGCCAAAAUGCAUAUGACAAAAUGUAGUCUUCAGGUGAGUUAUUUAAAACCCUUACAUGUAGCUUACUGCAUCAUUAUUGUUGUUUUAUGGUGAAAUAUAAUUAUCCACCAGUAUAUUCAUUAUUUUAUAGAAAGAAUGAUUUUUUUAUAUUGGAAAUAUUACUUCCAUUUCCAGUGUUUACUUUGUUUAAACUUGUUUGAUUUGUAUAUUGCAAAGUCUUUAUUUAUUUUACAUCUUUAUAUCCAUAUUUAUACACCCACGAGGAAAACUGCACAUCAUUGUACAUAAUGAAACGUUCAUUUUACAAAUAAGAAAAUGCCAACUAAAAAAUAAAAUUCAUUAAUACCAUAGAGAA